UAUGCCCUAGGAUAGCAAUGGAUAUUCUUGGAAUCUAACCGUUGGGCUGCUGUACAUGAGCACUGCUCUGAGAAUCGAUCGACGCGAGAAUCUCAUCCAACUCCUUCGAUCCUGCAAGAAUCUCACCGACGCGCGGCGGGCUCACACUCGGAUCUUCGAGGAGCUCGGCGAUCGCGCUGCCACUGACGACGUCUUCCUCGCGAAUUCGCUCGUCCAGAGCUAUGGCCGCUGCGGCAGCGCCGAGGAUUCGCGCUGGGUCUUCGACGCGACGAGAGCCAAGAAUGCGCAUUCCUGGGUCUCGAUGCUCGCGGCGUACGCGCAUAACGGGCAUCUGGACGAGGCCAAGAGAUUCUUCGCGGCGAUGCCCGACAAGAACAGGAGCGAUCCCGUGGCUUGCAAUAUCCUCAUCGGCGUCCACUCGCAGUGCGGCGAAAUCGGCGAGGCUAAGAGGCUCUUCGAUCAAGCGCCGGAUCGCACAGUCGUCUCCUACAACACCUUGAUCCAGGCGUUUGCUCGUAGCGGGCAUUUGAUUUAUGCGAAGUGGAUGUUCCAUUCCAUGCCCGAAAGAAGCAUCGUCUCCUGGAACUCCAUCAUCAGUGCGUGUGGAGAGCACGGCCUGGUCCAGGAAACCAAAGAAAUCUUCGAUAGAGCACCGCAGCGGAAUGUAAUCUCCUGGAACGCGAUGAUCCAAGCGUAUUCUUCGAGCGGGCAUCUGGGAGAUGCGUCGGCUCUGUUCCAGACGAUGCGAGAGAGAUCCGUAAUAUCCUGGACAGUGAUGAUCGUCGGCUACGCUCACAGCGGCGAGCUCGAAUCUGCCAGCGCCGCGUUUGAUAGGAUGCCGGAGCGCGGCGUCGCCGCCUGGAACGCGAUCAUCAGCGCACACGGCCAGAGCAAGAAUCUUACCGCCGCCGAGAGGCUCUUCGAUUCGAUGCCGGAGCGUAGCACCGUGUCGUGGAACGCGAUGCUCCAGCUCCUCGCGGACAGCGGCGAGAUCGAUCGCGCGAAGGAGCUCUUCGCUAGGGUUCCUCGUCGCGACGUGAUCUCGUGGAACACGGCGGUGAAGCUCCACGCCGAGCUGGGAGACGUGGAUGGCGCGAUGGGCCUCUUCCACAAAAUGCCGCAGUGGAAUUCCAUCUCGUGGAACAUCCUCUUCCACGCGUGUGGCAGCGUGGAGGAAUCUAAGCAUCUGUACGACACGAUGCCCGUCCACGGCAUCGAAUCCUGGACGACCAUGCUGUCCACGUAUGCCGCCGGUCACCACCUGGAGCCCGCGCGCGCAAUUUUUGAAAAGAUUCCCCAGCGCAGCUUGGUGACGUGGAAUGCGAUGCUGACUGGGUAUGCCACGCCAGGGCAUCUAGAGCGCGUGUUAGGGUUCUUCGAGGCGAUGCCCGAGAGGAAUGUGAUCUCGUGGAACGCGAUCGUGGAGGCGAAUGGAGGGGAGGGGCGGAUCGAUGUGGCGAGGGCGGCAUUCGAUUCCAUGCCCCAUCGCGACGUGGCGUCGUGGACGGUGAUGCUCCAGGCGUGCGCGAGCAAUGGGAGCUUGGAUCGCGCGAAAGAGCUCUUUGAUUCGAUGCCGGAGAGGGAUGUGGUAUGCUGGAACGCGAUGCUGGCGGCGUAUGGCGGCGGCGGCAGCUCGAUCGAGGCGGCGGAGGGGAUCUUCGCGGCGAUGCCAAGGCGCAAUUUGGUGUCGUGGAACGCGAUGAUCCAGGCGUACGCCGCCGGCGAACGGAUCCGAGACGCGCAGCGCGCAUUCGAUUCCAUGCCGCGUGGAGGCGACGAUCCGCGCGCCAAUCUCUUUGCUCUGACCACGAUGCUCGUCGCCCACGCCGCCGCCGGCGACGUCCAUCGCUCCAAGGCGCUCUUCGACGCCAACAAGAAGCACGACGUAGCACUAUGGAACGCGAUGGUGGCAGCGUACGGACAAAGUGGCCAGCUGGUUCAGGCGAAGGCGGUGUACGACAAAAUGCCCGAGGUGAGCUCGGUGUCCGAGACCACCAUUUUAACCGUGCUUGCGCACAACGGUCACCUGUCCGCGGCCCGGGAGUGCUUCCACUCCAUGGCCGAGACGACCAUCGUUGCUCAGACCGCCAUGCUAGCGGCGUACGCUCAGAACGGGCACGUCAAGGAAGCCAAAGAGCUCUUCGACUCCAUGCCCCGGACGAGCUUUGUGUCGUGGAACGCCAUGGUCACCGCUUAUGCCCAGAAUGGCCAUCCCCGGGAGGCUCUGGAGCUCUUCCACUCGAUGGUUCUUCACGGCGAGAGGCCGGAUGAGAUGACUUUCUCGAGUAUCCUGCUCGCUAGCAGCCACAACGGGAUGGCGGACAGGGGCUGGAGCUACUUUGCGUCGAUGGUGCCGGACUACUGCGUGAGGCCCGUGAGGGAUCACUUCUACUGCAUGGUCGAUGCGUUUGGACGGGCCGGACGCUUGGCCGAGGCAAUGGAACUCGCGGAGAGAAUGCCGUUUGAGGCUGAUGUUGUGGUUUGGAGGAGCCUGCUGGGGGCUUGUCGAACGAGCCGGGACGUGGAGACCGGAGCUUUUGUAGCCCAUAAGUUGUUUGAAGCGGAUCCCGGGGACUCGGUGGCCUACACUAUUCUUGCUGGGAUGUAUGCCACCGCUGGAAUGAAAGACGAGGAAGCCAAAGUGAUGAAGCUGAUGGAACAAAACUGUGAUAACAAGAACCACCAAGUGAGUCAGCCACCACUGCUCGAAUGAUAGAUUCUUACCUCGCUAGAACA